AUGCAAUGGAGUUUCCAUUCUCCCAAACAUCGAUUUUCUUCGGAUGACCGACGAGGUAAAAGCCUUCACUUAAUCAUUUCUCCGAUCCAAACGGCCGCCAUGAAUUUAGCUCUUAAUCUCCUUUUGUCACUGCUUUCAUCAAUCGCAUUGUGCACCAGUGUCCUUGCCUUAAUACCUAUUAUAGGUAAUUACUACCCGAUUGAGCGAGAUGCUUUGCUGCAACUGAGGGAUUCUCUUGCUUCUCCAAAAUUGCACUCAAAUUGGACGGGGCCUCCUUGUAUGAACAAUCAAAGCAGAUGUGGCAUUGCUUGUUCAGAUGGACAUGUCGUGCGUCUCGUCCUUGAUGGAAUUCAGCUAACAGGAUCUCUGCCACCUGCAUUUCUACAGAACAUAUCUUUCUUGACUAAACUAAGCCUCAGAAACAAUUCAGUUUUCGGACCACUUCCGAAUCUGACAAAUCUAAUACACUUGGAAUAUGUUUUCCUCUCGCAUAAUCUGUUUACGGGUUCAAUCCCUUUUGAUUACAUUCAACUGCACCUGAAGAAGAUUGAGCUGCAACAGAAUUAUCUACAAGGAGAGAUUCCGCCUUUCAAUCAACAAAACUUGGUAGCUUUCAACGUCUCUUAUAAUAGCCUUCAGGGCCCAAUUCCUCUGACCGAUGUUCUUCAAAGGUUCCCUGAGAGCUCUUAUCAACAGAACUCAGGUCUGUGCGGCAAUCCUUUAGAGAAAAAAUGUCCAGUCCCACCUAACCCACCCAUUACACCGACUCCAUCACCGCCGGACAGCAGCAAGAAGAGUUUUGACGCACGGAAUUUAGCUUUGAUCGUGGCAGUAUCUGUCCUGGUUCCUUUUGUGGUCAUUUUCGUUUUCUUAUGUUAUUAUAAGAGGGUGCAAAGGAAGGAAACGACUAAAAGGAAAAAAGCAGGUUAUGUUUCCUACCCGAUUCCCUUUCUUAAGACAUAUUCGGAAUCGUCAGCUUCUGUUGAAAGCACACCAUCUUGUUUGGCUCAGUGUAUUAGCAUUAUCUUUUGCUUGGGGGAAAAUGAUGUUCAAUUUGACAUCUUUCUUCCUUUCUCUUAUUUUCCUCCACAAACAGGUGACACUUGUAUAGAGUUGGCAGAGAAAAGAAUGCCUUCUUCUCAAAGAGCGGAGGAUCCAGAAAGAAGGGUUGAGUUAGAAUUUUUUGACAAGAAUAUACCAGUUUUUGACUUGGAUGAUUUGCUAAGGGCAUCGGCAGAAGUCUUAGGCAAGGGAAAAUUAAGCACUACAUAUAAAGCGACGUUGGAAUCAGGACUUGUUGUUGCGGUGAAGAGAGUUAAAAGCAUGAAUAGCUUGAGCAAGAAGGAAUUUGUCCAGCAGAUGCAGUUGCUAGGAAAGCUUAGGCAUGAAAACCUGGCACAGAUCAUUUCUUUCUACAAUUCCAAGGAGGAGAAACUGAUAAUCUAUGAAUUCAUACCUAAUGGCAACUUGUUUGAGUUAUUGCAUGAAAAUAGAGGCGCCGGAAGAGUACCAUUAAAUUGGACUACAAGACUGGCUAUAAUCAAAGGUGUAGCAAUGGGUAUGAAUUUUCUUCACCAAUACUUACCUUCUCACAAGGUGCCUCAUGCCAAUCUCAAGUCUUCCAAUGUUCUCAUCCAUCGCCAAAGCCAAAACUACCAUUCCAAGGUCACGGAUUUUGGAUAUUACCCAUUGCUACCAUCUCGAAAAUCCUUAGAAAGGCUAGCCAUUGCCAGAUCCCCAGAAUUCUCUCAAGCAAAAAAGCUAACGCAUAAAGCCGACGUGUAUUGCUUUGGUAUUAUCUUACUAGAGAUCAUAACUGGAAGGAUCCCUGGAGAUGAAAUUUCCGGGGGAAAUCAUGACAAUAGAGCUGAUGGCCUUUCGGAGUGGGUUAGAGCUGUAGCUAACAAUGAUUGGUCGACUGAUAUAUUGGACGUAGAGAUUGUAGCUGCAAGAGAGGCACACGAUGAUAUGUUGAAGCUCACGGAACUAGCUUUGGAAUGUACAGACGUGGCACCAGAGAAGCGGCCAAAGAUGAGCCAAGUUUUGAGAAGGAUACAAGAGAUCGAGCAAACUAGCAGUGAAAGUCACUGA